AUGUUGCAUAUAGAGGGAGCUCCUGAGGGUGAGGCCAUUCCUGCUAAGGAGAAGCCUUCCGAAGUGGGGGCUCGCCGAAAUGACUGCAUCAUCUGCUAUUCCUCCUAUGACUUGGCUGGCCGCCUUCCACGCCGUCUCUACUGUGGCCACACCUUCUGCCAGGCUUGCGUCAGGCGACUAGACACCCCAGCUCAUGAACAGCGAUGGAUCCCCUGUCCACAGUGCCGCCAGAGUACACCCACACCGCGAGGUGGUGUAGCCAUGCUGGACCUUGAUCUGGCUGCCUUCCUGGCUGUGAAGGCCGAGCGGGAGCCUCCCCGGGGAGAGCCCUGGUCUCUCACUCCCCACAAAGGCAGCCCUCCCAAGCCUGGCUCUGUCAUCACUCAGCAGCCAACCAGCCAUUGUCCAACCCUAGGCCCUCAGCCCAGCUUCCCCCGACAGGGGUGCUGUUGGGGCUGCUGUGGCUGUUGCCUAUGCUGUGACCCUGAGGGUACCCCUGAAGUCUAA